AUGUCUCUCAAGAAAGGUAUGCAGUGCCCUGUGGCCCUGUUUUCAACGCUGACUCCGAUAGAUUCCCACCCUUCUUCCGCUGCCUUCGACGUCAUCAACCAGACGCUCCAAAGCAGCGAGGCCGACCGCAAGGAUGCCCUUGACAAGGCCAAGGCCAUCGUCGCUUUCAACCUGAAGAACGAUAAGGGCGAAGAAGCCGCAUGGUACCUCGACCUCAAGAACAAGGGUGAGGUCGGACAGGGCCUUGCUCCCCAGGGCGGAAAGGCGGACGUCACCCUCAACCUCUCCGACGCCGACUUCGCACAACUCGUGGCCGGAAAGGCCAACGCCCAGCGUCUGUUCAUGGGCGGCAAGCUGAAGAUCAAGGGCAACAUCAUGAAGGCGACCAAGAUGGAGCCUAUCCUGAAGAAGGCCCAGGGUGCCAAGCCCAAGCUGUAG